GCGUCACUUUGGAAACUCGGGAACUCACGGAUUCUCGUGCUAAACCGGCGACCUCCUUUUCUCAUUACUGAAGUUCUUGUUGUCGGAUUGCAACCGUGGGACACACAGAGGAGAGAGAGAAGGGGAAGUCAGGAGGGAAGUAAGACCGGGUGAGUUUGGCGCAGACAGCUGUGUAUUAGCAGGUAAACUGGGGUCCAAGGUGCGCACUGAGCCGCCUAUGAUACCAACAACACGGAUGGAAAGAACUUUAAUGUGGAACCCUCACAGAGUUUUGCAACGGAGGCUGAGAGUAGAGACAGACUGGCAGUUUAUAUUAUAACUUAGAGGAGGCCAAAGGGACAGAUCAGACCUCAGUCAGCCGACACUACGCGCUUCACUGUAGGGAUAAACAGGAACAAGGACCCGACAGGUAGCUAGAGCUGAGCAUUUAGGAACAGGCCUUGCACCCUCUACGCACCUGGAGGCCUGUGUGUGUGUGAAGGAAGAUGUCCAGAGAAGAGCAGAGUUUAUCGGAGGUUGAGCUCAGUCCCGGGAUGUCGGACGACAGCCGCUCCCAGUCACCGGGUCACUCCUCCGGUGCGGCUGGCGGGGGGGACUCACCUCUCCACGGGCAGCAGCAGCCGCGGCAGCUGGCGGGUCUGGACGACAGGACGGGGGGCUGCUCGUCCGUCAAAUCCGACGACGAGGACGACCGCUUUCCCGCAGGGAUCCGUGACGCGGUGAGCCAGGUCCUCAACUGCUACGACUGGACCCUCGUGCCCAUGCCCGUGCGCGUGAACACCGGAAGCAAGAACAAGCCGCACGUGAAGAGACCCAUGAACGCCUUCAUGGUGUGGGCGCAGGCGGCGCGGAGGAAACUCGCCGACCAACAUCCACACCUGCACAACGCCGAGCUCAGCAAGACCCUGGGGAAGCUCUGGAGGCUUCUCAAUGAGAGCGACAAGCGACCCUUCAUUGAGGAGGCAGAGAGGCUGAGGAAGCAGCACAAAAAGGACUAUCCAGACUAUAAAUAUCAGCCACGACGCCGCAAGAAUGGAAAGCCUGGUUCUGGGUCAGGAAGUGAGGCUGAUGGCCACUCGGAGGGUGAGGUCAGCCACAGCCAAUCCCACUACAAGGGGCUCCACCUGGAAGUGGUCCACAGUGGGGGAGCUCGGUCCCCUCUGGCAGAUGGUCACCACCCUCACGCUGCAGGUCAGAGUAACAGUCCUCCCACACCUCCCACCACUCCCAAGACCGAGCCUCAGUCUGGGAAGGCAGGGGACGGAAAACGGGAGGGUGCUGCAAAUGGUGGCUCACGUAGCGCAAUGGGAGCAGAGGGAAGCUUAGGUGCUCAGGGAUCUGGGAAACCUCACAUCGACUUUGGUAAUGUGGACAUUGGUGAGAUUAGCCACGAGGUGAUGGCCAACAUGGAGCCUUUUGAUGUUAAUGAGUUUGACCAGUACCUUCCCCCCAAUGGACACCCAGGGGUUGGGCAAAUUGCUGGGGCAGGAGCAGCUGCAACAGCCUCUCCAGCCUCGCCGUACACCUACGGCAUCUCCUCAGCUCUAGCAGCGGCCAGUGGACACUCAGCAGCCUGGCUCUCCAAGCAGCAGCAGCAGCAGCUGCAGCAGCAUCACAGCUCCCCUCUGGGCUCAGAUCCCUCCAAGGCCCAGAUCAAGAGCGAGGCCGGAGGUGCUGGGGCUCACUUCGCAGAGGCAGCCUCAGGAGGUUCCCAUGUCACCUACACCUCCCUCAGCCUUCCUCACUACAGUUCUGCCUUUCCCCUCAUUGCCUCCAGGGCCCAGUUUGCUGAAUAUGCUGACCACCAGGCCUCAGGGUCAUACUACGCCCACUCCAGCCAGGCCUCUGGGUUGUACUCUGCCUUCUCUUACAUGGGGCCCUCCCAGAGGCCCCUGUACACUGCCAUCACUGACCCAGCCAGCGUACCGCAGUCACACAGCCCCACGCAUUGGGACCAGCCCGUCUACACAACACUGUCGCGGCCAUGACAGACAACGAGACCAGAGGGCACUGGUGCAGGUUCAGCCCCCAUGUCAGACCCAAGGAGCAGCAGCAACAACAACAGCAGUAUUGGUGGUAUCGGCAGGGAAAGUGGUCUGGGCUGGGGGGAUUGGGCAGGCACUUGGGGA